AAUCUGUGGUGAUUGAUAAGUGAUAACGAAUAAUAAACACGAAAGAACUCUGAAAAUUAUGACACAAAUAUAUAUAAGGACCUAUUAAAAACAAUAUUAUUUUAAAGACAUGGCGGUUUAUGCGGCUCAUCUAACACGAACGCUUCAAGGCACGCCGUCAGUUUUUCAAGUUACAGCUCAGGAAGCUCUGGGUGCUACCGUCAAGCCAGCUUUAAGGAAAUUUGUGGAGUACUUAGCAUCAGUGUACCCAAAGAAUAAGUGGAGUGAGAGAUGGUAUGAUGAACUGUAUUUGUUAAUUGACUGCUGUCUACAGUACCAUUAUCUGAAACAUUAUGCUGCAUCAUUCUCUGAAUGUUUCUAUGGUUUAAUGAGAGUCCCAUUAUCAAGCAGCAAUGAGUUCAGUACUGGUCACCGAUUACCUGUUCCACUGGAAAAGGGCUCAUUGGCAUUACUUGUACUUCUUCCUUACUUUAGAGACAAAGUGGAGAAGAUGGUAAACCAGUGGAGAGAAGAUAAUGAAGAUGGAAGAUUGGGCAAGAGUAACUCAGACAAGGCCCGCAAAGCAGCAGUCCACCUAUACUCCAUAACUCAUCUAGUCACCGAGGCAGUAAAACUAAUAAUCCUUGCUCGAUACCUCACAGGAUCUUCUCGCUGCCCCUCACCACCAUUACUUCUGUUGGGUCUUACGCUAACAAAUGCCCCACCACCAGAACCUGAAGAAAAUACCUGGAGUGAUCUCGCUAGAAACUUAUUUAAAGGAAAUAUUGGAAGGGCCAUGAUAACUUUCCCAAUGGUUUGGGGCGCUAUGGCAGGCGCAGUUCAAUGGGGGGCCUUCUUGGUCCAAUUCCUACGCUGGUGGGAGACUCGACCUGGACUCACUAUGGAUUCGCUUCCCUCACCGCCUCCCCCGACUCGUGAAGAAAAGGCAGUGCGUUACACGAAUAAAUGUCCCGUUUGUCUACAGUCUUGGAAGGUGCCUACUGUAUUGCCAGUAUCAGGGUACAUUUUCUGCUAUUCGUGUAUCGCGCGACAUCUGCGCGCCAACCAAACGUGUCCAGUAACGAUGCUUCCAGCUACUGAGAGGUCACUAGUGAGACUUUAUAUAGAUACCUAAAUUUUGUUACCAAUUUGUAAAAUAUAGUUUUGUUACCAAAAUCGAUUAUAAAAUAACAAAUUAAUAUUUUAUUUUAAUUUUUGACCAAACAUUAGGAAAUAAUUCUAAGCGUAAGCGUAAGAUUUGUAUUUAAAUAUGGUACAUAGAUAAUAUGAUUUAAUUGUUUAUGAUUUUUUUUAAACUAUUUUCGGCCUGAACGUAAACAACGAAAUGGAAUUGCUUUUGUAUUUGGUAAUAUAGCGGAACACAUGCCCAUUGGCUUCCCAUAAUAUCGUAUUCCAAAUUUAAAAACCGUUUGUCACCAAUAUUCAAUUUUAUUAAAACAGUGUUUAUAGUAGUGCUGUGGUCUGUGGGGAUAUAUACUCUACGUAGUUUUUUCUCCACCUGCAAGUCAAACAAAUUUACAAAUGAUAAUGUUGUUCACGCAACACAAAAAAUUGAGAUAGUGACCACUUCGAAGGUACAUUAUAGCCAAGCUAUUGGGAAAAUAUUGAUACAAAAACAUGCAGUCAAUACAAAUUAGCCUGCUAUACAAAUCAUGUAAUUCAAAGCUGAAUAGAUUAUUUAAAUUGUUUAAGAGGUAAGAAACUGACAUUAAAUUGACUUCAAGAUUAAGGAUGAGUCUGUAUUCUAAUAAGAAUACAAUUUAUUAUGUAUGCAAUGUAUUAUAUAUGUAGGUUAAAAAAACAGAAUUUUAGUAUUGUGGUACAAAAUUUUUUUAUUAUUGAGAAUAUAUUACUUGUUGACUAUGCACUUGAUGUGGUUCAUAUAUAGGGGCUGUGGUAAAUAAAUUAUACAAUCUUU